AUGAAACUUCUUUCAGUGUGUACCUUAUUCGAGCAGUUUCUCAACAACUUCGAUUUGGCAACUCUGCUCGAUCCUUUGUGUUUUGGCGGCGGUCAAGGACGAACGUAUUUCUGUUUACGUUGUUGGUUCCGGAUCGUUCUGGCAAAAUGUCCCCAAAGAUUCGAUCGGCCGAAUCGACCCUUUUGUAGGCUGUGCCUCAACAAGCAAGGGCUUGAUCGGAUUUUCGGCGGUGGAAUCACAGAUUUGGCGGAAAAGAUUUACGACAUUACGGCCCUCGAGCUUGCCGACAUCAACGGGAUGCCGUCUUUGAUCUGUGAUCUUUGCCGCUCGCAGGUUCUGGUCAGCCAUCAGUUCGUCCUGCAGUGCCGCGUAUCCGAUUGAAGAUCCAGCGC